CGUUUCGGCGCUUGGUUGAAGCCCGAGUGAGUUCCUGGGCGCGGAGACCCGGCAGCGGGCGACCGAGAGAGUAGGUGACCGAGCGCCUCCUCGGCCGUCAUGGCAGCCCUGCGCUACGCUGGCCUGGACGACACGGACAGCGAGGACGAGCUGCCCCCGGGCUGGGAGCAGAGAACCACCAAGGACGGCUGGGUUUACUACGCCAAUCAUGCUGAGGAGAAGACCCAGUGGGAACAUCCAAAGACUGGAAAAAGAAAACGAAUAGCAGGAGAUUUGCCAUACGGAUGGGAACAAGAAACUGAUGAGAACGGACAAGUUUUUUUUGUCGACCAUAUAAAUAAAAGAACCACGUAUUUGGACCCGAGACUGGCAUUCACGGUGGAUGAUAACCCUACGAAGCCAACCAGCAGGCAGAGAUAUGACGGCAGCACCACCGCCAUGGAGAUCCUCCAGGGCCGCGACUUCACCGGCAAAGUGGUCGUGGUCACCGGAGCUAAUUCAGGAAUAGGGUUUGAAACUGCCAAGUCUUUUGCCCUCCAUGGUGCCCACGUGAUCCUUGCCUGUAGGAAUAUGACAAGGGCCAAUGAAGCUGUGUCACGGAUUUUAGGAGAAUGGCACAAAGCCAAGGUAGAAGCAAUGACCCUGGACCUUGCUCUGCUCCGUAGCGUGCAGCAUUUUGCUCAAGCGUUCAAGGCCAAGAAUCUAUCUCUUCACGUGCUUGUGUGCAAUGCAGCGGCUUUUGCUCUACCCUGGAGCCUCACCAAAGACGGCCUGGAGACCACCUUCCAGGUGAAUCAUCUGGGGCACUUCUACCUUGUCCAGCUCCUUCAGGAUGUCCUAUGCCGCUCCGCUCCUGCCCGAGUAGUUGUGGUCUCGUCGGAGUCCCAUAGAUUCACAGAUAUUAGUGAUUCCUCGGGAAAACUGGACUUCAGCCGCCUUUCUCCAUCUAAAAAUGACUACUGGGCCAUGCUGGCUUAUAACCGGUCCAAGCUCUGCAACAUUCUCUUCUCCAAUGAGCUCCACCGCCGCCUAUCCCCACGCGGGGUCACGUCCAACGCCGUGCAUCCUGGAAACAUGAUGUACUCCUCCAUUCACCGCAACUGGUGGGUGUACACGCUGCUGUUUACCUUGGCCCGGCCUUUCACCAAGUCCAUGCAACAAGGAGCUGCCACCACCGUCUACUGUGCUGCUGCUCCAGAGCUGGAGGGCCUCGGAGGGAUGUACUUCAACAACUGCUGCCGCUGCAUGCCGUCCCCGGAGGCUCAGAGCGAGGAGACGGCGCGGGCCCUGUGGGCGCUCAGCGAGAGGCUGAUCCAGGAGGGACCCGGCGGCCAGUCCGGCUAAGCGCGCGCCCGGUGAGCCUUGGCGCGCGCACCAACCCUGCGCGUCUGCGCCUGCGCAGCUGCCGCCGCUGGACCCCUGCCACCUAACUAGCCAGGGGCUUUCGGUGUUUCCCCCCCCCCCCACCCGACACAGAUCCGCCAGAGCCGAGGGAAUACACACGAGUAGUCACGACAGAGGGAAAAAAAUACCGAGGACCGACGGGAAUUGUAGGGCCCCGGGGACAGUCUUUUCUGGGGCUGGACGAGGCCGACGUCUGUUUGCUUCCCUGGUGGUGGCCUGUUGGAAGGUGAACGCUGAGCUGGUAUGCAGGCUUCUGUGUCACUGUGGAAGCCCGGGCUGUUCUCACGUAUGGCUUACAACAGCCAGGCGCCCUCUGUCCCCUCCCCCCGCCACCGCCACGGCCCCACUGUAGCUUGGAGCUGGCCUCGGCGAGUGUUGAUCCUUUCAUUCGUCCUGACCAAGCCUGAGUGGGCACAGCAGCGAUGGGGGAGAGAGCUCUGGGACCCCUGUUCCAGCCAGCCAAGAGAGAAGAGACCCUUAGAAAUGGGGGGCUAGACACAGCUGGUGGGUCCCAAAGGGCUGGCCCAAGCCCCUUGCCAAAGCUGCCCCAAAAUUCUUGAUAGAUUAUUACAAACGAAUUUUGCAGCUCAUUCCCUAGACACCUUGGCGGACAAGAAAGGAAGCAUUGCGUCCAUGAGAAUAUACAGGCUAUGUGGGGGCACAGGAUAAAAAAGUUGUUCCCUUCAUUCCUCAUUUGCAGUUUGAAGAAGCAACCUGAUGGUGGAGGGUCCCAGCCUCCCACUUACCCUGCUUGAUCGUUUCCGCUUCACCUUCCUCUCCUCCCCGCCCAGGCUUAAUAAAAGAACAUGCUUGAAUAUUA